AGCUAACGAGUAACGAUGAGCUAGCCGUUCUGUUCCAAAUUGAAUGGCUGUGAGUAGAGAGGAACAGUUAAGGAAGAGAAACCCUCUUCAACCCACCCCACAUAUCAACCGAAUCUCAUCCAGAAGGGAAAAUUUCACUACUGUCUCUUCCUCUUUCUUCAAGGUAUGAACCCUUCCCUCCUUGUGCAUCACUGAAUAUUCAUUAGUGACAGAGCCUAAGAUUCAUACCGGAAAAGAUGGGUAUUUUGUUCUGUUUCUUACGACAGAAAUUAGUGGCAAAUGAAUUUUGAGAGCAAACAGUUUAUACACAUAUACUGAAUGGGAUAUUUCGUUGUGGGUUUCUGCUUUUACUUAUAAAUUUACGCUUAAGAUGCAAGCUUUAAGCGUCUGGCCCUUAAAAAGGGACUUUUUUACAGUUCCAUAUUUGGGAUUUGAUGUCAAUUCUUCUUGUAUUUCAACAAUAAGGAGAGGGAAAAAGAAAAUAUGUGCUAUUGAUGGUUGUAUAUAUCAGGGCAGAAGUUCUCAUCUUUUGCUAGUUUCUAGAACUUCAGCGGAAUUUAGGACUGGUGCUUGUUGUUGGAAUCCAAAUUUUACUCCUCAGUAUGGGAUUUUUUUCAGUCUCUCCAAACAGAAAUUUGUUCUCUUUUGUGAAUCAAAGAGAAAUUUGUUUGGUGCUUCUUUUGCACUGGCUUGGGCAUUGGAGCAACGAGCAAUUGGCAACGAAUUCGCUACAGAAGCUUCAAAUCCGCCAGAUAAAUUAUCAAAAGAUGGAGAAUGCCAUCUUAGUUUUGACGAGGAAGUGAAUGAGACAAUUCUUUCUGAAGGAGGAGGACCAGGGGGAGAAGCUAGUGAAAAUGAAAAAGUAGUUGAAGAUAAUAAUACAAGGAUUGACGUUCGUGCACUUGCAUGGAGCUUACGGCUUGUUAAAACUGUAGGUGAUGUAGAAGAGAUUCUAAAGGAUAUGGGUGAACUGCCCCUUCCUGUCUAUUCCUCCAUAAUAAGAGGUUUUGGAAUAGAGAAGAGACUAGAGUCAGCAAUGGCUCUUGUUGAGUGGCUUAGAACCAAGAAGAAGGAGAUUAAGGAUUUUAGUGGUCCGAACCUUUUCAUAUACAAUAGUCUUCUUGGUGCAGUGAAGCAAUCUGAACAGUUUGGAGAAGCGGAGAGAGUCAUGAAAGAUAUGGCAGAGGAAGGGAUCCUUCCUAAUGUUGUAACUUACAACACUUUAAUGUCUAUUUAUUUGGAACAAGGGCAGUCCAUUAAGGCCCUUGAUCUUCUCAAAGAGAUUCAGGAAAAGGGCCUCUCUCCAUCUCCCAUAUCUUAUUCAACAGCUUUGCUGGCUUACAGAAGAAUGGAAGAUGGAGAUGGAGCUCUAAAGUUCUUUGUUGAACUAAGAGAAAAGUAUCAGAAGGGGGAAAUAGGAAAAGACAAUACUGAUGAAGAUUGGGAAAAUGAAUUUGUCAAGCUGGAAAAGUUUAUAAUUCGUAUUUGUUACCAAGUGAUGCGGCGAUGGCUCGUGAAGGGAGAUCACUUGAAUAGCAGGGUACUGAAGCUUCUUACGGAUAUGGAUAAGGUUGGUCUGAGGCCUGGUCGGGCAGAACAUGAGCGUCUUGUCUGGGCGUGUACUCUAGAAGGGCAUUAUACUGUUGCCAAAGAGUUGUAUAACAGGAUACGAGAAAGGGAAUCUGAUAUUAGCUUAUCUGUCUGCAACCAUAUAAUAUGGUUGAUGGGAAAGGCCAAGAAGUGGUGGGCAGCUCUGGAGAUCUAUGAGGAUUUGCUGGACAAGGGGCCAAAGCCAAAUAACCUAUCAUAUGAGCUGAUUGUAUCUCACUUCAACAUUCUACUCACUGCAGCUAGGAGAAGAGGAAUAUGGAGAUGGGGUGUAAGGUUACUUAACAAAAUGGAAGAUAAAGGCCUGAAACCUGGGAGUAGGGAAUGGAAUGCAGUUCUUGUAGCCUGUUCCAAGGCAUCAGAAACUUCAGCUGCUGUGCAGAUAUUUAGAAGGAUGGUAGAGCAAGGUGAAAAACCAACAAUUCUGUCAUAUGGGGCAUUGCUCAGUGCCCUUGAGAAGGGGAAACUCUAUGAUGAGGCUCUCAGAGUUUGGGAUCAUAUGGUUAAAGUGGGUGUUGAGCCAAACUUGUAUGCCUACACAACUAUGGCCUCUGUUUGCAUUGGACAAGGAAGACCUGAGAGGGUAGAUUCCCUCAUUCGUGAUAUGAUUUCAUCUGGGAUUGAACCCACUGUUGUCACUUAUAAUGCAAUUAUAAGUGGCUGUGCACGGAAUGGUAUAGGCAGCACUGCAUUUGAAUGGUUUCAUCGCAUGAAAGUUCAGAAUAUUUCACCAAAUGAGAUUACAUAUGAAAUGCUUAUUGAGGCUCUUGCAAAAGAUGCCAAACCAAGACUAGCAUAUGAACUGUAUCUAAGGGCUCAAAAGGAGGGUUUACAUCUUUCAUCAAAGGCCUAUGAUGCUGUAAUAGAAUCCUCACGGUAUUAUGGGGCAACUAUAGAUGUAAGUGUUCUAGGACCCCGUCCUCCAGAGAAAAAGAAACCUGUGAAGAUUAGAAAGACUUUGUCAGAGUUCUGUAACUUGGCUGAUCUCCCUAGGAGAGGCAAACCAUUUGACAGAGAGGAACUUCAUGCUCGUCAAACACUGGGAAACCAGUAACUGGUGUGUUGCGAUGCAGUCAAUGCAACGCAAAUUAUAGGAUAUGCGAAUUCUUUGCUUCCAUGUUAGCAGUAAUGGCAUUUUGCCAAGACACUUAGAAGACUGGCAAUAUUUUCCAUGAAGCAAAGGCAGAAAAGAUAUGCAUAGAAAAAUCAUAUUUUUGUGGUUAGAGCUGAAACUGUAAAGAAGAAUUUGUUAUGCAAGGGUAUGGUGUAUAUGGAUGGAUGGUCACUUAACCAGUAUAAUAGCCAUCGGGCAAGCUGACAUCCAAAUUACAGAUCAUGUCACAGAAUCAGGCCAAAUUUUAUGUCUUUGAUAUGAUGUGACAUGUGAGGUGGUGUUACUUGUAUCAUAUACUGUGGCCCUAUCUACUUUUAUCUCACACAGAUUUGGACCAAGUCAUUUUCCAAAUCCAGUUUGAGAUUUGAAAAUUACGAGCUGCAAAUUUUGAAAAUGUUGAUUUUAUAUCAAAACCCAAUUAUUAUUUA